UUUGACGCGCAUGAAAAGUGAGCGUAAACGUGAAUGCCAGAGUCUGUGCACGACCCUCAGCGUGAAACAUCGCGAGUCAUGGACCUGGCGCGCGCUCUGCUGCCCGUGCUUUUCCUGCCCGCGAGCCCAGCGUGGGCCCAAGUCCUGCUGCUCGCAGACAUGUACGGAACCAUUCAGUCGCCGAACUUUCCCGAGUCCUACCCGAAGGACAAUGAGCUGCAAUGGAAUGUCACUGUUCCAAGCGGAUAUACAAUUCGGCUCUACUUCAUGCACUUCGAUAUCGAGCCGUCAUACCUGUGUGAGUAUGACUACGUAAAGGUGUACUCAGAGACAGAAGAGCUGGCAGCAUUUUGUGGGCGAGAGAACACGGACACGGAGAGGGUUCCUGCUGAUGAUGUCAUCCUGUCCCCAGGAAGCAUGCUCAGUGUGGCAUUUCGCUCAGACUUCUCUAAUGAGGAGCGCCACUCUGGGUUUGAAGCACACUACAGUGCAGUGGAUAUAGAUGAAUGUAGGGGCAAGAAUGAUGAAGAGCUGGCCUGUGACCACUUCUGUCAUAACUACAUUGGCGGCUACUACUGCUCCUGUCGUUAUGGAUACCAGCUUCAUUCGGACAACAGAACUUGCAAAGUGGAGUGUAGUGACAGUGUGUACACGGAGCGUUCUGGGCUAAUCACCAGUUCGGAUUUUCCUAAGCCAUAUCCAAAGAGCUCAGACUGUGUGUACCGAAUCGAGGUGGAGGAGGGGUUCCUGGUCACCCUGGAUUUCGAAGACAGCUUUGACAUAGAGGACCACCCUGAAGUCCCCUGCCCCUACGACUACAUAAAGAUUGAGGCAGGAGCGAGGGUGUUCGGCCCAUUCUGUGGGGACCGGCCCCCGGACAGGAUCCAGACGUUAAGCAACAGUGUGAGCAUCAGGUUUCACAGUGACAACUCAGGAGAGAAUCUGGGUUGGAAGCUCACCUAUGCUUCUGCAGGGAGUGAGUGCCCAGUCCUUUUGGCGCCCCCCAAUGGUCAUUUGGAGCCACUACAAUCCCAAUACCUCUUCAAAGAGCACAUCACAGUGACCUGUGACCCAGGAUACUCACUGCAAAAGGAUGGAGAGGAGUUUGAGCAUUAUCAGAUAAAGUGUCAAACAGAUGGAACUUGGAGCAGCAAUAUACCCCUUUGUAAAGGUCUGUUUAGUUUUAGAACAAUCACACACAAAGCAGAUUUGACAGACUGCAAAUUGCUGCACUUCUCAUGGACAGAGGUCUCAUUUGGAGAGAUGGAAGCAGCAGAAGUAGUGGUUGACUGUGGACUUAUAGAUGUGUCUGUUGGAGAGGUGCUAUAUCAGAGCUCCACCAACAGCACUACGUUUGGCACCAGCAUCCAGUACCGCUGCAGAAACUCUCCUACUGGCUACAGCGUGUACACAUGUGGUCAGAGUGGGCUGUGGGUGAGACAGGAUGGCGCUUCACUUCCAGCAUGUAACUCAGAACUGAAGAGUACCGCACAGACACAGCUAGAGUCCCAGCUGCCCUGUUCCACAACCAGAGUCAAACCUGCCUGCGGUCAGCCAUCCCAGCCAUUUCCGGCCCAGCAGAAGCGGAUUGUAGGCGGACGGACGGCGCCUGAGGGUCUGUUUCCCUGGCAGGUGCUGCUGUCCGUGAAGGAUGUGUCCCGUGUGCCCGUGGGCCGCUGGUUCGGCAGCGGGGCUCUCCUUUCGCCCACCUGGGUGCUGACGGCCGCCCACGUGCUGAGCUCUCCACGCCGUGACCCCUCCAUCGUGCCUGUGGCACCCGAGCACGUGAGGGCCACCGUGGGCCUGACCAACGUCCGCAACAGCCUCCCCUCCACAAGCCGGCAGGCCGAGCAUCUCAUCCUGCAUCCGCACUUCGACCCGCGUAACUACGACAACGACAUCGCCCUGGUCCGCCUCCAACAGGAGGUGGUGCUGGGCGAUCUGGUGCGGCCCGUGUGUCUACCUGCGCCGCCGCUCCCCGCUCAGGCGCUCGUUCCCACACCCGGCGCCCUGGGCGUGGUCGCAGGCUGGGGCAUCAGCGCCGCCGACGCCUCGGGCAGCGGACUGACCUCUGACCCCGGCGUAGUGUCCGAGGUGCUGCAAUACGUGAAGCUGCCCGUCGUGGCGCAGGAGGAGUGCGAAGCCAGCUAUGCAUCGCGCUCGCUCAACUACAACAUCACAGCGAACAUGUUCUGCGCAGGUUUCUACGAAGGUGGCCGGGACACCUGUCUCGGCGACAGCGGUGGGGCCUUCGUGAUGGAGGACCCGCGCAGUGGGAGGUGGGUGGCGCACGGUCUGGUGUCCUGGGCAGGGCCAGAGGAGUGUGGGAGCGAGCGGGUGUAUGGGGUAUAUACCCGAGUGGCCAACUAUGUCCACUGGCUUCAUGCAGAGAUGAACACAGAGCACUGAUGGUGACAGGAUAAGAGAUGCAUCAACAUGGGGCUGAGGAGCAGUGAUAGUCACGCUUCUCUCCGCCUUUCUUUCUGUCUUUUCGAUGGAUCCCUCCUCUCUAGCUCUACUUUUAUUCCUUUUCCCUGCAUGUCAUAUAAUAUAAGAUACAACAGGUUUUUCUAGGCCUCCUUGUGCUUUGGAAAGCCAGUGACAGGCUUUCUUUUUGAAAGGCUCUUCUCUAG